AUGUCAGACCAACAAAAGGGUCUUAUUGCCGCAAUAACAGAGGUUCUUCCUGAGGCGGAAAUCAGAUGUUGUGCCAGACCUGUUUAUUGUAAUUUUAGGGACAUAUACAGGGGAGGUCAAGAAUAUAGGAAACUGUUUUGGAAGAUAGCAAAAAGCACAACCGAAAAUAAGUUCAAGGAAAACAUUCAGCUUUUCAGAGACAUAUCAGAUGCAGCAGCUAAUGAUUUGCUUAACAGAAAUUAUAAAAAAUGGUGUAGAGCGUUCUAUAAUCCGCAAUCAUGUUUUGACACUGUCGAUAAUAAUAUGAGUGAAGUAUUCAAUGCUUACAUUUUAAACUCGAAGCAUAAACCCAUAAUAAGUAUGCUUGAAGAUAUAAGAGAAAGGUUGAUGGAUAGGUUGCAUAAGAAAAGGGAUCUCAUUGGUAAGAAAGAUUGUUUGUUAUGCCCUAAAAUCAAACAACAACUAGAAAAGGCUAAGAUUAGUGCUAGGGGUUUGUCUGCAUUUUGGGAUGGAGCAUUCUGUUAUGGUGUUAGAAAGGAUGCAACUCAGCUAAAUGGAAUCCCAUGCAACCAUGCUAUUGCUGCCAUUUGGAAUAAAGUGAAGCACUCGGAGCACUACGUUAGUGAGUAUUAUAAGAAGGAAUUAUAUUUAAAGGCUUAUAUGUAUUUGUUGGAGCCUUUGAACGGCCCACAAGAGUGGGUAGCUGUUGAUGAGUCUCCUAUUCUGCCCCCUCCUUUGAAAAAGGUCAGAGAUAGACGCACAAUCAAAAGAAAAAGGCAAGUGGGUGAGGUUACUGCAGCAAAGAGAAGGAAAACUGGAGCCAUUAUGAGAUGCAGCGUAUGUGGUGAAGAAGGUCAUAAUAAGAGAAGUUGCAAAAUCUCUCUUACACAAAGCAACGACAACCAUAACAACAUGCCAGCGAGCACCGAACAGCCAUCGAAAUCCAAGCAAAAGAGAAAGGAAGUAGUUGCUGGAACUCUUGCAACUUAA